CUAACCAACUGCCUGCUAUCCCCUUGCAAAGUACUGCUGUUGACACAUAGGAAUCCAGACCCACACACACACACUUGUGCUCUGUCUCCCUCCUCGGCAGGAAGGACUCUCCUCUGAACCAGACGACAGCUCGCGUCUCCCUCUCCUUCUUUUCCUCUGCUGGCAGGUGUUAGAAAUAAAACCAUAAAUAAUUGGCAGAGGGGGCCUGAGACCGCGUGAGACUGGAGGACAAAUGUCUUUCUUCAUCUGGUGCUGGACAGAGAGGGAAGAUAAGCAAAGAGAAACAAUAUGGAGACGAAACUUGCAUUUUUAAGUAGCUAGAACAGUCGUUUUUUCAGUUUCAUAAAAAUUUUGGUUUUGCUAAUAAGUGGAGUGAAGCUGAUGGGAAGGACAAUAACCAAGAGGAACAUAAGGAAGUCAUGGGGGCUAUAACGUUUCAGCCGCAAUCUUGUAUGGCUUGGAUUUGCACACUGAAGUUGGACCCCGUCCAGCCUGCAGUCCACUGAUACCAAUGAGUACCUAUGUGCCUCCUGAGCCAUGCUCCCUGGCUAUGGAUUCUCUGCUCUCCUUGAUUUCCAGCCUCAUCUCCAAGCCUUCCAUUGCAGAGGCGAGAGCUCUGACAUGUGGUUCCCAGGUUCUGUUGAGACCCAGGCUCUGAGCGACUCUCGGGAAGGUAGGCCUCUGCUGCGGCAGCAUCAACACAUUGCCGUGUGUCAACAGGAGACGUUGGCCUUUCUCGAGCUUGAACAACCCAACACUAAUGGUUUUCAAUCACGUACAACAGAAAAGGGCAGUUCCUCCCCUUGCUCUGAGCCUGUCGGGUGCAUUGGGAACAGGCCCUCAGACUUUGCUAAGAACGGUAAUCCACUGGACAAUUAUUUGACACACGACAGCAAUAAUGUGGAGGUGGUUCAGAAUCAAAUGUGGACACCCAUUACUAAUUUACCUGAGACAGUUUAUGAACAGUCUGAACCAGGAAUUAAGAGUCGCAGUUCAAGAGGAUUGUUUUUGCCUCUGUCGCCUACAUAUGUUCCUGGGGACAGGGACUCAUUGGAGUCCCAACACCAGAGUACUCCAUCUUCCCCCUCAGAGCUCCCAAAUCUGGACCCAGUUCGCCCACAGAGACGCACCUCCCUGGGAUCCAUAAAGGAGAAGUCUAUGCGGCGUAAGAUGAGGGUGUACUCUCAAGACACCUUGAGCGAUGAGUCUCUCAGCAGCCCCGGUCUGGAGUGCGACUAUCUGAUCCCUGGAUCGUUCGAAUCAUUCGUAGAAGGAGGGCUCAGCACAGUGGGAUCUACCAUACCCACAUCCCAAAGUUCCAGCCCUCUCCCUGGGCUUGAUGAACUCUCUCCUUUUUCCAUACCAACCCCUCCAAAGUCCUCCUUAGAUUCUCUUCAGGAAACUACCAGAUUGGAGGGGGGCGUACAUGAUGACGGGAGGCAGAUGCUAGGCCUAGAGGAUGGUGGGACUUUGGAAGGCCCGGCCCUCAACAGUGGGACCGUGCUGUCACUCUCCCAUUCUCGCUCAGCAGACAAUGAGCGCCGGCGCUUCUCUGCAUCUGAGCUCAUCUCCCGCCUGCAACUCUCACAGAGGAAAAACUCUUUUACCCUCAAGUUGGGCAAAUCCCUCUCUGCUCGCGUGGCCUCCCGGGACCGCCACCUGUCUGGAAACCUCAGCCCGGAUUACAAACCCAACUCCAGACAGCGCUUCUCAGGGGGAUCAAGUGACAGUGCGCCACAUAGUCCUGUGGGGUCUGCACCACCGCUGCCCUCUGCUGACUGUAACAUACAUGUUCAGAGGAAGCUCCUCAAGCAAAGAAUGAGAAGAGUUUCCAUUGAUGAGGAUGGAGGCAGUCCUCCCAGUGGCUCUAAACGUCUAUCACGCUUCCUGCCAAACAUGAUUCUGUAUCAGGAAUACAGCGAUGUUGCUAUUAACAGAGAAAUACAGAGGCAGCAGGGGGCGGAGCCUGGGACUGAUGAAGAAAGAGGGGACUCAGCAUCCCCUGGCAACCUCUCCCCAUCCAGUUCAUUUCGUUCAUCGCGAGGCUCCGCCUUCUCCCUCUGGCAGGAUAUUCCUGACGUUCGCACCAGUGGACAACUGGACAACUUUAGCAAUGAAGAGCGCAAACUACAGGAGGCCAAGUUUGAGUUGGUGACGUCAGAGGCCUCAUACAUACGCAGCCUGUCUAUUGCAGUUGACCAUUUUAUGAUGUCCGCUGAGCUCUGUGAGUGUCUGGGCACACAGGAGAGGCAGUGGCUCUUCUCCAAACUGCCUGAUGUGAAAGAAGUCAGUGAGAGGUUUCUUCUGGACCUGGAGCAUAGGUUAGAAGGGGACAUUUUGCGUUUUGAUGUGUGUGACAUUGUCCUUGAACACUGUCCUGCUCUGAGGAGGGUCUAUCUACCUUAUGUCACCAAUCAAGCUUAUCAGGAACAGACCUAUCAACGCCUCCUACAAGAGAAUCCCAAAUUCCCUGGAAUCCUUGCCCGUCUGGAAGAGGACCCAGUAUGCCAGAGGCUUCCUCUUACAUCAUUCCUCAUCCUUCCUUUUCAAAGAAUCACACGCCUCAAAAUGCUGGUGGAGAAUAUCCUUAAAAGAACAACUCCCGGAUCACGAGAUGAGGACACGGCCACCAAGGCCCUUAAUGAGCUCAAAAAGAUUAUAAAGGAAUGCAACUCCAGUGUGCAAUCCAUGAAGAGGAUGGAGGAACUCAUUCAUCUAAAUAAGAAAAUUCAUUUUGAGGGCAAGAUUUUCCCUCUCAUCUCUCAGUCUCGCUGGCUAGUCAAACAUGGCGAACUAUUAGAAGUGGACACACAAAACUUGAGUAUAUCUGGGUCAAAGUUUAAACUCACCACCCGGUCUGUGUACCUUCACCUGUUUAAUGACUGUCUUCUGCUGUCCCGAAGAAAGGACACCUGGAAGUUCAUGGUGUUUGUACAUGCAAAGAUCGAAGACCUCAAGGUUAAAGAUCUAAGCCAGAAACUUCAGGGAAUCUCAGGCUUUAUCUUCUAUCUGCAGUUAUGUGAGGGACAACAGCUUAAACACCAGAUCCUGCUCAAGUCACCCACAGAGAGCAGUAAACAGAGGUGGAUCACAGCCAUGUUUCCCUCCAAUCCAAAGGAAGCUAUUGAGCAGACCAAUGAGAAUGAUGAUCUAUCUCAGGUGCAGUGCAUCAAGAGCUACCAGGCUCAGGAGCAUGAUGAGUUGACACUGGAAAAGGCUGACAUCCUUCAAGCUAUAACAAUAACAAGUGAUGGGUGGGUGGAUGGGAUCCGGUUGUCGGAUGGAGAGAGGGGCUGGUUCCCCAAAACGUACGUGGAGACGAUCACAAGCCGCAGUGCUCGUUUGCGAAACCUCCGCGAGAACAUUCGCAUUAAGUGUGUCUCACAAAAAUUUGAGGGAGAGACUCUUUAAGAUCUUUAAGUACGGUUACAAACUCACUGCUACUUGUGCUUUAUCAAACCAGAUUGAAUUUGACAUAUUGAGUCAUUUACUGUAUUUAAAAUGGCCAUGGCUAACAUUUUAGCUGUAGUAAGUUAUACUUUAUAACUGUAGAAGUUUAUCUUUGAAAAUGUACUGCAGAUAGAAUAAAUAAAGCUAUGCACUGCGUUUUUGAAUCACAUGGUCAUCAUCGGUUUUGCACUUCUGUUGGUUUUUAAGCUUAUGGCUCUUCUAUUGAUAUUAACUUUAUGAUUUGCAAGCUCAAUAGUGUCAAUUACUGCGUAGCAUAUGGUGCAGAGCUUUCUAACAGUCUAUGGAUGCACAUUGCUGAAAAUCCAUAGCAAAUUAACAGUGUACUAUUUAAAUUGUUACUGUAGGGCCAUUUCAUUAUUAAGUCAAAUAAAGUAGGAUGUAAAUGUAUGUUUUUGUUUAAAUCACCAGCCACACAGUAACAAAAUGCUACUGCUGGCACAUUGGAACCAAAUUUUGGACUUAUGAAUGAUGCUGCUACUGCAACCUGAAUAUUAGUGUAGGCACAUGCCAUUAGUCUUCUGUAGAAGAUCAUUUACUACUGGCAUAAAAAUAAAUACAGCAAUAAAUUAAAAUGAUAAUGUUAUUUAUGUCAGUGAUGCUGUUCUUUUUUGCCAUGCUGAUUUUAUGGGAAAUUUGUGGGGUACUGAUAUCCUGAGCAUGUUCUAUCAAUCACAUUUGAAAUAUAAUCCUUUAUGGUGACUAUGUAAAUAAAAUAAAAUAAAUGCAUAUAUUCUA